AUUCACGGCACUAGCAUCUUGAAGAUUCCAAUGCUGUGCUUCUGCUGAGACAUAAGCCUGUUCUCUAUUGUGAACAUACAGAUUUUAUGAUCAUAUAUACAUGGAUCAGCCAACACGAUUGUUCUUGUUUUCAAUAGCUCUUCUCCAAUCCAUAUCAGGUGUAACCUCAACAAAGUUCACAGUGGUUAACAAAUGCAGCUACACAGUGUGGCCAGGCAUUGCUCCAAGUCUUAACAAUAAUCCAUUAUCAACCACCGGUUUUGUUCUUAAAACUGGUGAGUCCAGGACCAUCUCUGUGCCAACUUCUUGGAAUGGCCGUUUUUGGGGUCGAACUCAGUGCGCACAAGACUCCACUGGAAGCUUCUCUUGUGUCACCGGUGACUGUGGCUCCGAGAAGCUGGAAUGCAAAGGCAGGGCAGGCACACCACCUGCGACAUUGAUAGAAAUUUUUGUUGGCGAAUUCCCAGGGCUUGAUUUUUAUGACGUGAGCUUGCUAGAUGGGUUCAAUCUUCCUGUAGCGGUUGUUCCUCACGGUGGUUGUGGAGAAUGCAAGAGCACAUAUUGUCUGGCAGAUAUGAUCCAACUAUGCCCUUCAGAGCUGAGGGUAAUGAGCAAAGACGGAGAAGUGGUGGCGUGCAAGGGCCCUUGUGACGUAGAUACAAAAACUUGCGCCCAAAAUAGUUCCCAGCCCUCCUCCUAUUCAACACUAUUCAAGAGCGCUUGCCAACAUGCCUAUAGCUACCCGCUAGAUGAUCGUCUAAGCACGUUCACGUGUGAAGGUGCAGAUUAUAAUAUCACCUUUUGUGAAUCACCCUACGCAAAUUGGGACACUUCUGGCUCCUCGUCAUGCACGGAAACCAUCACAACAUCUCAUUACAUCAAGGAUCCAAAUACAAUAAGCUCCAAAGGGGGUUUGUUCACACUAGGGUUCUUCAGUCCAGAAAAUUCCACAAAUCGCUAUGUGGGAAUUUGGUACAUGUCCAAUUCAACUAUUGUAUGGGUAGCUAACAGAAAUCGACCAUUAAGGGAUACUUCAGGAAUUUUUAAGGUAUCUGAAGAUGGCAAUCUUAUCGUAUUAGAUGGGCAAAACCAAACCAUUUGGUCAUCAAAUGUAUCAAAUAUUUCAUCUACUACUAGUUGUCAGAUUUUAGAUUCUGGAAACCUUGUCCUAACCGAUAACUUGACGAAAACCAUAUGGCAAAGUUUUGAGCAUCCUUCAGAUACAUUGUUGCCAAGCAUGAAAAUUACAAGCAACGAAAGAGCAGGGGAGAAACAAAAGUUAACAGCAUGGAAAAAUCAGUCUGAUCCAUCCCUUGGCAAUUUUUCUAUGAGCCUAGAACAACUAAAUUUUGCAGAACUGUUCAUAUGGAAUGGAACUAGCCCCUAUUGGCGUAGUGGUCCAUGGAAUGGCCAAGGCCUUACAACAGUCCUCAGGAUGAGUUCCGAGUAUGACAAUGGUGCUGACGAGAUGGUUGUUAGGUUAUCAAAUGGGUCUGACAUCAAAGAGAUGGUUGUUUUGAAUGCAAAAGGGAAGUUAUUACAUAAACAAUGGGAUGAUACUAAGAGGAGAUGGCUAGAAACAAAUCUUUUUCAAAAUUCAGAUUGUGAUGUCUAUGGUAUAUGUGGGGAAUUCGGAAUUUGCAAUUCAAAGAGCGCACCAAUCUGCAGUUGUUUGAGUGGGUUUGAGCCAAGAAAUAAUGAGGAAUGGAAUAGACAAAAUUGGACUGGUGGUUGUGUCGGGAAAUCAACUCAGCGAUGUGAGGAAAUGAAAAAUGGGAGUUUCAAUGGAAAGGAAGAUACCUUUUUCCAUCUGCAAAAUGUUAAAGCACCAAACUUUGGAGAACAAUCAUCUCAUUCAGAAGAUGAAUGUAGAACCCAUUGCUUGGAGAACUGCACUUGUAAAGCAUAUUCAUAUAAUUCAGUGCUUGGCUGUAUGACUUGGAAAGAAAAUCUAAUUGACAUACAACAGUUCUCAAAUGCAGGAAUUGACUUAUAUAUUCGUGCAGCCAAGUCAGACUUUGAUAAGAAGAAGCAUAGAACAUUCAUCAUUAUCAUUGUUGUAGUAAUAGGAACUAUCAUUAUCAGUGUCACUUGCGCAUGCUUCUUAUGGAAAUGGAAGGCAAAACAUUCAGCAGGAAAACGGCAUAGCAAACAGGUCUUGUUAAAAAGGGAUGGUGCAAAUGUAGACAAAACAAGCGGCAAUAUUAUUGGAAAAUUGUCACAAGUUAAAUUCCAGGAGUUAUUGGUCUAUGAUUUUGAAAAGGUUGCAAUGGCUACAAACAACUUUCAAUUGACCAAUAAACUUGGGCAAGGCGGUUUUGGUCCCGUCUAUAAGGGAACACUCCAAGAUGGUCAGGAUAUAGCAGUUAAGAGAUUAUCAAGAGCAUCUGGACAAGGACAAGAGGAAUUCAUGAAUGAGAUGAUUGUCAUUUCCAGGCUUCAACAUCGUAAUCUCGUAAAACUUUUAGGUUGUUGUAUUGAAGGAGAAGAAAAGAUGUUGAUCUAUGAGUACAUGCCAAAUAAAAGUUUGGAUGCAUUUAUUUUUGAUCCAGAGAAAAGCAAACUUCUAGACUGGGGAAAGUGCUUUGUCAUUAUUGAAGGAGUAGCUAGGGGAGUACUUUAUCUUCAUAGGGACUCUAGACUAAAAAUUAUACAUAGGGACCUAAAGGCAAGUAAUAUCUUGCUAGAUGAGAACUUGAUUCCAAAAAUAUCAGAUUUUGGCAUGGCUAGAAUUUUCAAAGGAAGUGAAGAUCAAGCUAACACAAGAAGAGUUGUCGGAACCUAUGGCUAUAUGUCUCCAGAAUAUGCUAUGGAAGGAUUAUUUUCAGAGAAAUCAGAUGUGUUUAGCUUUGGAGUUUUACUAUUAGAGAUUAUAAGUGGAAGAAGAAACUCAAGCUUUUAUAAUAAUGAGCACUCUCUUAGCCUUCUAGGAUUUGCAUGGAAAUUAUGGAAUGAAGGAAACAUUGUAAAGCUAAUAGACCCGAAAACAUCUAAUCAAAACGUGGAGAAGGAUAUAUUGAGGUGCAUACACAUAGGACUUCUGUGUGUACAAGACCUUGCAAUAGAGAGGCCAGGUAUGAGCACUGUAGUUUCUAUGCUUAAUAGUGAGAUUGUCAAUCUUCCUCCUCCAAGGCAACCUGCGUUCAUCCAAUGGCAGAGUAUAUUGAAUCAAUUGACCCCAGAAGAGAAUCAAAGAUUAUUUUCUAACAACGAAGUUAGUAUUAGUGACAUACAAGGCAGAUAGCAACAUUACCAAUCUAUGAGUAAAAUAGCAUAGUUUUGAUAAAUAACUUCCUAGUUGUUACAAUCUUGGUGGUGUGAUGUAUCUAGUGCUAUGCAUGUGCUUUCCCCAUUUUUUGUGUUCUUUUUUAAUUUAAUUUCUGUUUUUCAGAUAAGGAUUCCAUCUGAAAUCAUGGUACGAAUUGUAACAUUUAGCAAUUUUAAAUCCAUUCAGGUUUUACUCAAAA